UCGCACUAUGGCCGCGCUGUGAGCUUUCCGAAACGCCCGCUGUGUACAUACCUUGCCGGCAAUCCGUCACCAUCGACGCCUUGAACAUGGACCCCCGGUCCAGAGGCUUCUUUCGGGGGCAUCGGAGUUGUCAGUAGUUCUCCUGAAGUGCUAUAUUAUUUGAUUUUGUGUUCCGUCACUUUUGCACGCUACGGGGAUUUAAAUAGCAAGUGACAGCACGUAGCACAAACCCCAUCUGCCAGCUAGCUCGCUAGCUCUAUAGCAAAGAAGGGCAUCACUUUCCUUUUGGAGUAAAGGACAAGAAAACUACACCCCUGCUUAAAUUAACAGAAGAUAGGGCUUCAGUGGCUGAUUCCCCGUCUUCCAAUCAAUCCACACAGGCAUUGUUAAUUCCUGGUAGGCUGGCAAGGCAGCACCACCCUAAUGCAGAACAACAGAAGUACAUGAAAUGAACAAACCACCGCAGCCUAUAACGGGACCUACUUCCGUCCCACAUCCUGCCCCUUCCCCUGGACUCACACAGGCUGCCUAUGCUCCUGGACAGCCUCCUUCUCUAGUUUUUGCGACCCCGCCGCCUCCACAAAUGAAUUCUGCUGCACAACAAAGACAGCCUUAUUAUCAAAACCGACCGGCAAUCCCCAGCAGUGCUCCGAGGGUCCAGACCAGUAGUGGCCCACGUCCUGUGGGACCCACUCAUGUCUACCCGCCUGGCUCCCAGAUGAUGAUGAUCCCCCAGCAGCAGCUCUCUUUCCCUGGUUCCCCUCAGAGCUACUUCAUUCCUCCUGGACAGUAUCGGGCACCGUACAUGACACCUACCCAGCAGUAUCCUGUGACCAGUGGCACAGCAGGCUUCUACGCUGGAACUAGCCCUGCUGAAUUCCCUGCUUAUGCCGGAGCAUACUAUCCAGCCCAGCCCCAGUACCCACCAUCUGUCCAACCUGCAACAGUUAUGAUUAACCCUGCGCAGCAGCAACAGCAAGCUGCACCUCCUCAGCAACCACCAGCCCAACCACAAGGCCCACCCAAGAGGGAACGCAAACCGAUAAGAAUACGAGACCCUAACCAGGGUGGCCGGGAUAUCACAGAGGAAAUAAUGUCAGGUGGAAGGUCCACCUCCACACCAACUCCCCCACAGGCCCUUGUAUCAGAUGGAGGUCCUGCUCAGACAAAUGGUGAAGUUACACAGCCCAUCACCACAGUGAUGAGUAUAGAUGAAAACACAGAUCCUCCUGCUAUAGCUGAAACCCCACCUCCUCCUGCCCCAGCAAACCCAGAGCCUGUGGUCGAGGCUCAACAGGAAAAUGAUGCCCAGAUUGCCCUGCCCACUGAGCCAUCCUCACAACUGGUGGCUUCUGCAGUGACCAUUGAAGUGCCAACCCCAGUGGCAGAGGAGCAGCAGUCUGCUCCAUCGCUGCUCCCUCCAGAAGCUGACCUCUCCACUCCUCUGCCAGAGCCUGAUGCUAAAGUUAGUGACACAGUGGAUGCUCCUGUUGGCCCAGCUGCAACAUCAGCAGUGAAAGAGGUACCUGUCAAACAGGAGGAGCCACAGAUAAGUCUACCUGCAGCUGAGAAGGCUCAAGAGAAAAAACCUGAGGAAGAGAGUGAAGAGAAGAAAAUGGAGGUAGAGAAUGAAGACAAUAAAACUGAGGUAGAAGAGAAGGAAGCGGAAGAGAAGGAAGAGCAGAAAUUGGAGGAAUUGAAAAAAGUGGAAAAAGAGGAGUGUGUGACCAGUGGUAAGUUGGAGCUGGAACCUACAGGUGAGGUUGCAGCAGUGGUGACCUCCAUUGCCAUAGCAACUGAAGAUGCUGCUAGUCCAUCUACAAAGGCAGUCGCAGACUCUUCCCUUGAGUCUGAUGUCAAGCCUCCAGACACAUCACUGGAAACUGUUGACCCACAGACCCAGGAUGCUGACCCCAAUCCCUAUACCAAGCCUGAACCCACUCCGGCUCAUAUAACAGAGCCUCUUCUUUCCAAUGGCUUUCCUCAGGACACUGAUGACCUGUCUGUGGAUAUAUCAGACACUACACCCCUUGCCAAGACAGGCACCACUCAACCUCAGGAACCUGCAUCUGUGGCUGCUGUGGUAACAUCAGCCCAAGAGGAGAAGACAGAGGAAGAAGGGAAAGAGAAGGAUGAAGAUGCACCCCCUUCCUCUGCCAGCUGCACUACAGAGGAAUCUACUAUGCAAGCUGCUGUGUCUGUGCCAAAGAAGAAGAGGAACAUGAAAGAGCUGAACAAGAAGGAGGCCAUCGGAGACCUCCUGGAUGCCUUCAAAGAGGAACAGGAGGCCAAGCCUGCCCCUGAGUCCUCAUCUACUCAGGCUGACCCACUCCCUGCCACUCCAUCCCCUCCUACCACUGAGGUUGCAGAUGAGACCUGGGAAGAGAAGGAGGACAAACAGAAUGCAGAACCAGACAGGCAACCCACACCUGAGCCAGCCCAGCAGAAAUACCAGUACAAAGAAGAACAAUGGAAGCCGAUAGACCCAGAGGAGAAGAAGCGGUACGACAGAGAGUUCCUGCUGGGUUUCCAGUACAUUAGCGCCAGCAUGAACAAACCUGAGGGCCUGCCUGCUAUCUCUGAUGUGGUGCUGGACAAGGCCAACAAGAUUCCGCUACGCCCUGCUGACCCAGCUCGUCUGAUGAAUGCUGGUCCAGAUUUUACCCCCUCAUACUUGGGUAACCUUGGGAGACAGUCAACAGGUGGACCGCGAGGCCCGCCCCCUGGGCCACGUCGUUCCCAGCAGGGCCAGAGGAAAGAGCCCAGGAAGAUUAUCACCAGCAUGUCCCUUAACGACGAUGUUCAGCUUAACAAGGCUGAGAAAGCCUGGAAGCCCACUGUAAAAAAAUCUACCCGCAGUCGUGGAGGAGAGGAGGUUGAUGAAGAGGACUCUGAGCAGGCCAAGACCCAGGAGCUGUUCAAACGUGUGCGUAGCAUCCUCAACAAGCUGACCCCUCAGAUGUUCCAACAGCUAAUGAAACAGGUGACGGAUCUCACGAUUGACACCGAAGAGAGACUCAAAGGGGUCAUCGACCUCACCUUUGAGAAGGCCAUCUCCGAGCCCAACUUCUCUGUGGCUUAUGCCAACAUGUGCCGCUGCCUUAUGGGGCUGAAAGUCCCAACUACAGAUAAACCAGGAGUCACUGUGAACUUCCGUAAACUGCUGCUCAACCGUUGCCAGAAAGAAUUUGAGAAGGAUCAGGAUGAUGAUGAGAUCUUUGAGAAGAAGCAGAAAGAGUUGGAGGCUGCCAAAGAUGAAGAAGAGCGGGAACGCCUUAAGGUUGAGCUGGAAGAGGCCAAGGACACGGCCCGUCGCCGAUCACUGGGUAACAUCAAGUUCAUAGGCGAAUUGUUUAAACUGAAGAUGCUGACUGAGGCCAUCAUGCAUGACUGUGUGGUGAAACUGCUGAAGAAUCACCAUGAGGAGUCUCUGGAGUGUCUCUGCAGGCUGCUGUCCACCAUCGGCAAAGACCUGGACUUUGAGAAGGCUAAGCCACGUAUGGAUCAGUACUUCAACCAGAUGGACAAAAUCAUCAAGGAGAGAAAAACCUCAUCCAGAAUCCGCUUCAUGCUGCAAGAUGUUCUUGAUCUUAAAAGGUGUAAUUGGGUGCCUCGUAGAGGUGACCAGGGCCCUAAAACAAUUGACCAGAUCCACAAGGAGGCAGAGAUGGAAGAGCACAGAGAACAGGCCAAGGUCCAGCAGCAGCUCCUCUCCAAGAAAGAGGCAGGAGGCAGGAUGGGAGGCAGUCUGGGAGGCCGAGGUCCAUCCAUGCCAGGAGGCGGCCGUGGAAACCAGCCGCAGGACGAGGGCUGGAACACAGUGCCCAUCUCCACAAAGAACAGGCCCAUUGACACCUCCCGCCUUAGCAAGAUCACAAAGCCUGGUGCUCUGGACUUUAACAACCAGCUAUUGGCUCCUGGGGGCAAAGGCAUGUGGGGCAGCUGGGGCAAGGGCAGCAGUGGAGGAAGUGGCGCUAAACCAGCCAGUGGAGAACAAGACUCUGGUCGUCCAGCCACAAGCACCCUCAAUCGUUUCUCUGCCUUGCAGCAGUCUGGCUCCCUGUUUCCUUCCACAGACUCUGACCGCAGAGUUCCUCAGAGGUCCAGCUCCAGCCGUGAGCGUGGUGGGGACAGAGAUAGGAGUGAUAGAGACCGCUUUGACCGCUUUGAUCGUCAUGAGGGACGGGAAGCUCGUGAUGACAGGGGCACCCGGCCCCCCAUCACCAAACGCAGCUUCAGCAGAGAGUCUGAGGAGCGCAGUGGACGUGGGGGAGACAGCCGCGCCAUGGCCGAGCCUGUGCGUCGUGUGGCCAGUAUGACUGAUGACAGGGAUCGGGGCAGCCGUGACAGGGAUCGGGGCAGCCGUGACAGAGCGCCCAGCAAAGAGCCUAAAGUGAAGAGUGACAGUGCCCCAACUCCUCCCCCUGGUCUCCCUAAACCUGCCUUGAGUAAUGAUGAGGUAGACAAGAAAUCCAGUGCCAUCAUCGAGGAGUAUCUCCACAUUAAUGACAUGGAGGAGGCGCUGCAGUGUGUGAGUGAUCUGAACAGCACCUCGCUGCUCUUUGUGUUUGUGCGCAAUGGGGUGGAGUCAACUCUCGAGCGCAGCACCAUUGCCAGGGAACACAUGGGCCUGCUGCUGCACCAGCUCAUCAAAGCAGGCACACUGCCCACACAGCAGUACUACAAAGGGCUACUAGAGAUCCUAGAGGUGGCAGAGGACAUGGCAAUAGAUAUCCCUCACAUUUGGCUCUACCUGGCUCAGCUCAUCACCCCCAUGUUGCAUGAGGGAGGCAUCCCCAUAGGACAGCUUUUCAGGGAGAUCUCCAAGCCGCUAGUGCCUCUGGGAAAGGCUGGCGUACUGCUAGUAGAAAUCCUCACUUUGCUCUGCAAAGAAAUGACCCAUAAGAAGGUUGGGGUUAUGUGGACAGAGGCUGGCCUCAACUGGAGAGAUUUCUUGCCAAAGGACCAGGAUGUCAACAAGUUUGUGACUGAGCAGAAGAUAGAGUUUACAUUGGGGGAGGAGAUGGAGUCAGAAGAAACCAAUAAGAAGGUCCUGAGUGGGGAAGAGCUGAGCAAACAGCUGGAUCGACUAAUUCAUGACAAGGCCAAUAACCAACGCAUCAGAGAUUGGGUCGAGGCUAACCUGGAUGAGCAGCAGACUACUGCCAACCAGUUUGUGCGUGCUCUCAUGACGUCUGUGUGCCAGUCAGCUAUUAUAUGUGAUAACCCAUAUAAGGUGGACGCAAAGCAGAUCACUCAAAGGGCCAGUCUACUGCAAAGAUACCUCUGUGAUGAGCAGAAGGAACUGCAGGCCCUCUAUGCACUGCAAGCACUGAUGGUGCAUAUGGAGCAGCCUGCAAACCUCCUGCGAAUGUUCUUUGACACCUUGUAUGAUGAAGAUGUUAUUAAAGAAGAGGCCUUCUACAAGUGGGAGUCCAGCAAAGAUCCUGCAGAGCAAACAGGCAAGGGAGUUGCUCUAAAAUCGGUCACAGCCUUCUUCACCUGGUUACGUGAGGCCGAGGAAGAGUCUGACAAGGAUUAAUGACUUACCUGAACGCUAUUGCCCCCUUUGGUGAGGGAUGGGCUCUGUAGGAGGUUGUGGGGAGACUUGAACUAUAUAUUGCCUAACAGGCGGACUCAAUCAAUCCUCAAUGAGGAUAUUUUUUAUUCUUUUUUUUUUCUUUGAGAGAAGGACCCAUGACAAACAAUCAAUUCUUUCUCGCCUUCUCUCUUGUUUCUUCAUUCUCUCCCCCACCUGCUUGUGUCACAGCAAGUGUCCUAAUUAAAAUAAACCUGAAAAAUAAUUCAGCAGGAUUUGCUUGUUAACUAUGCGCAGAACACCCCACAUCGUUAUGUAGACAUUUUUGACUUUUUGAAAACAGUACAAACCAACACGCUGCUCUUUUUAUGGUUCUAGAUCAUUAUAUUGCCUAACAUUCUAUAUGACACUUAAGAGUAGACAUUUGAAUGUCAUAUAGCAUGUUCCCUGGAGUGGAUAUCACGCCUUAAUGUGUGUGAUAACUCAACCAACCAAUAGAGCUCUUACGUCUUUUGUCCCUUACUGGAGUGUGCAGCAUGAUUGAAGUGUCUUUCCAUUAAUGAUGCAAUGGGAAAACUUUGGUAGACAAAUGUAUGUUGCUGACUAAUCAUAAUCCAAUGAAUGGAGUUUUCAAAGAGUUUGUCUUUUCUUUUUCCACUUACUGUUUACUGCAAUGGGACCUGUGAGGACAAAAACACCGACGACUGGUUGUGACCCUUGACUACUAGGGGGUGGUCUAUAUGCUUCCUCUAAGCCAUCCUGUCUCCCAUCCUCAGUAGUCGACUAACCUGCAGACUCUUCAUCUAUACCUCUUCUGUACUUUACACGAGCUGUUGGGACUCUCUCCCUCCACUACGGACGGGAGAUCCCUGUAGAGGACACUUAAUGACCGAUUGCCAUCAAAACUUGAAACCUCCAGAAAUUGACUUGAUGAAAGAUAUAAAUUUAAAAACAAAAAACAAAAAAAAAAACAGAAAUGAUCCGAAAGCCUUUUCUACUCUAAGUGGAAACACAUUUCAGGAGCGUUCUGUAAAUAUAUAAUGAAAAAAUGUCUUUUUUUUUUCUCCUUUUUUCAGUUUUAUUUUUCAGAAAUAAACAAAUUGCUGAUGUAAUGCCAUGUAUCCUUUUCCAGCAGAGUUGGCAGUUGUCCGGAUGCAGAGAGUUGCAUUAGAUAAUCCAUUAAUUUUUUUUUUUAGUUAUAUUAAAUUUUGUAAAUAUUUUUUGCUUUCUGUAUUAUUUAAGGAAUUAUUGCUUCUUUUGCAUCGGAAACUGGAAAGAUGAGGAAAUGGAUUAUUGCAAAUAAAAGACUUAUCAAUUUGCUGA